AUGCCGAUGCGGGCGAAGAAGGCGCCGAGGCGGCGAGGCACGCAGGAGCCUGCGCGCCACGAGAGGAAGGAGAGGAGCGGCCGCACACGAAACCUUCAGAGGCGAGAGACUACGCAGAAAAAAACGAGGGAAGAGAUGCAGCAGCGGAAGGAGAAAAAGAAGGAGGAGGAGGCCCUUAGGGGGCAUGCAGCGGCGUUGGUGGCGACAGCCAGUGAGCGCGGCGUGUUUACGAGGCCGCAGUUGAACGGCCUUUCGAUUAGCGCGUGUGGUGCUGCGCUCUUCAUCAUUCACUGUGUGCCUUGCGUCUGUGCUUCUCUCGACCUGAGGCCUGUCGGUAGGUUCACAAACGUCUCCAAGCGGCCUAAUUGGUUGUUUUCUAGGUUCACGGGUUCGCCUCCGCGUUGUGCCUUUCUCCUCUCUCUCGUGAGUGUUGUCCUCUGCGGAGUCGCGCUCUCUGCGACUGAAGCAACUGCUUCCCCUUCUGCUUUUUCUUCUCCCUCUAUUUCUCCUUCACUUCAGUUUCCAUUUUCUUUCUCUGAGUCCGCACCCCACGCUGGCAUUCCUCCCUUUCUCCCGGCGCGCGCGCGGGGAAUCGACGGAGCGCCUUCCUCUCCGUUAGGGUGGUCGCGGAGCCCUUCUUCGUCGUCUUCAACGGCCGCGUCCGGGGGCUCGACUCUGGCUGCCUCCUCGCUGCUGGCACCGUUUUCUCCGCCUUCUGCGCGGAUGUCGACGGCGCCUCUUGGCCGUCGCACUUCGCUUUCCGGCGCUCGACUUUCGCCUUCGUUCCUCGUUUUCCCUCCUUCCUCGGCUCGUCGUCUCGCUUCUUCUCCUGUCCCCGCGUCUCCUCGCUGCCUUGCGUACGCGUCCCUGCGUGUGUCCGCGACGAGGGAGAGGCUAAGUCCUCGCGAGAGAGUUUCCAUCUCUUCUCUCCUUUCUCUCAGUGUCUCGCCUUUCUCUUUUGCUUCGCUGGCACCGGGCUCGUCGCUGUGGGCGGCGGCAGACGGCGCCCGCAGCGGAAAGUCGAGGCGGAGGAAAUUGUCAGAAGACAGUCGCGAAGAGGGUCAGGCGACUCGCUCGUCACAGCCUCCGUCGCCUUCCUCUUCGCCGCGAAUGGGCGCUUCAUCUUCGGCUUCUUGUGCGUCCCCCUUCCUCGGUGCCUCAUCGGGCUCGGCGGCAGGCGACGGGACGAAGCACGCAGCGGUUCUCGGCGAGCGAAAAAAGUUUUUUCUUGCCCAUCUUUCCCUCCGCCCUCUCUCGAGCUUUUGCGCAGCGUGUGUCUCGCGUCUCGUGUCGGUCUUUACUCUGUCUCGCUCGGCGACGCCCUCCUCCUCGCCCUCUGCGAGCUCGGCUUCGGCACCGUCACGGUUCGGUUCGCUGCGCCAGCGCCUGAGCACCGCUAUUCCGCUGCUGCUCCUCGCAAUUCCGCUGCUUCUGCUUUCGCCCCCCCCGGUUUUCCUCGUUGGCGCUCUUCUGCAGUCCCUGAUCUCCAUCAAGGAGUUCGCCGAUCUCUGUCUGCUGAGAGGCAUCUUCAAUCCGUCGCUCAAAGUCGCCGCCCUCACGUCCGCUGCGGUCUUCGCCGCAGCCGCGGCUCCCCCGACGUCGAGCCUGCAUCUUCUGGCGUUCCCGAUUUCCGUCGUCUUUCUGUUGGCGUCGCUGCUGCUCUCUUCGCCCUCGACUAAGACCAUCGCGGACAUCUCCGCGUCGGUCUUCUCGCUCGUCUGGUGCGUCUUCUUGCCCUCCUUCUGGGUCAAGCUGCGCUUUCUCCGCCUCCCCACGACGCAGCCCGGAGGGCCCUUAAAGGCCCUCCGGCCGUCCCUCGCCUCAGCGGCUGCCGCCCCUGCCGCUUGUGCCGCCGCGGCUUCGCCCUCGUCUCCUUUUUCGCGGCUUUUUCGUCUCCCGCAGCCGUACUCGGGCGCCGCGUUGUUGGUGUUUUCUCUGCUGUCGCUCAUCGCGUCGGACACGUUCGCGUAUCUGAUUGGCUGUCGCUUCGGCUCCUCGCCGAUCUCCUCGCUCUUCGUCCCGCCGCUCUUCCCGACUCUGCCGCCAGCUGCAUGCGUCUCGCCGCGAAAAACCGUGCAAGGCCUCGUCGGCGGGUCCGUCGCGGCGGGCGUCACCGGCGCCCUCGCGGCGUGGAUCGUCGAGCGCGCGCUGCCACUGGAGGCCUUGCGAGACGCCGAGAGACACAUCGCCGAGAGCCGCGGCCUCGGGCGGCCUCAUGCCCUCCUCGACCUCCUGGCUCGCCGCACGCAAACGCUCCACGCCGGCGCAGCGGCGGCCGAAACCGAGGGGCUAGCCGAAGGCGCAGGGGGAGGCGUCGGCGAGGGGGUGUCGGAGCCGGGAGAGUCUUUGGAGCCCACUCCAGGAGAUGCGGAAGUGCCUGCCCUGAAGGCCGCCCCCCGCGUCGCCCUGACCGCCCUCCGCACGCUCGCGUCGCUCCUCGCCGCCGGCAAGGUGGCUGCAGCGCGGCCCGCGCCGAGCGCUGCGCCCGCAUCGUCGUGCCUGUCGCCUCGCGCGGCGCCGGUUGCUUCGAUGUUUGCGUCGCCGCGCAGGGGGGCCGUGGCGGGGCUUCUCGGCUUCUCGCCGUUCGUGCGCGGCUCGGGAGCGCUCUUUGGCGUGCUUCUCUCGCUAGCUGGCGUCCUCGGCGACCUGACGGCAAGCCUCGUGAAGCGCGACGCCGGCGUCAAAGACAGCGGCACGCUGCUGCCGGGCCACGGUGGAUGGAUAGACCGCACCGACUCGUACCUCCUCGCCGCGCCGCUCGCCUACCUCAUCGGCCUCCUCACGCAAGAGUUCUGUGCAGCGGUGCUCGCGCGCGACGCGCUGCUGAGCGACAGAGCCCAUCCUAAACCCUAA